AUGGCAAGAAAGAAGGUAAAGCUUGCUUACAUUGAAAAUGAAAGUGCCAGAAAAUCUAGCCUCAAGAAAAGGAGGCAAGGUUUGUUGAAAAAAGCGAGAGAAUUAAGCAUUCUAUGCGGUGUGGAAACGUGUGCAAUUGUCUGGUCUCCAGAUGAGAAUGAGCCUGCCACUUGGCCGACAUCUCCAGUUGAGGUGGAAGACCUCCUUACGCGUUACCUGAGCAUCCCUGAAAUUGAGAGAAGCAGGAAGAUGGUGAAUCAAGAGACGUACCUCAGGGAGAGGAACCACAAGCUCACCGAGCAGCACAAAAAGCUUGAUCGGAAGAAUAAAGACUUGGAGAAUCACUAUCUCAUGCAGCAACUUUAUCUGUACGAGAAGACCACGAGUGCACUUGCCUUGGAUGAGUUGAAAAAAUUGCUCUCCUAUGUGGAAGAGAAAAUUGUAGAAAUCGAAAGAAGGAUUGAGUAUAUCGAGCGAAGGGAUAGUGCACCCCAAUCAGGAGGUGCUCCAUUGGCAGUCGAAGGCCCGGCAGACAAGGAGGAGGAGGAGGAAACAACCCCAAGAGCCAACAUCGGCAAUGUUGGUGGCGAUGGCAGUGGCGGGGGUGGCGAUGCUUCUUCAUGGGAUGAUUGGUUCUCGGAUAUGAUGAAGCAAAGUGGUCAUGCUGCUGGCAGCAGCUCCAGCAAAAGAGAAACCUCAUAUCCUUUGGCAUAUUCAACCGGUGGUGCUGGUACAUCUAGCCAUGACGUUGCCAUAAACUUGCCACAAGGGAAUGUUGGAGUCGGAAGUGGCAACCAAGGGCAUGGUGGAGGCCCUAUCUAUGGUGGGGACAAUUAUCCUAUGAUGCCAUACCAAGGAUAUGUUGGGGACAUGAGUGGCGGACUUCCUGUACGGUUCGCUCCUGGUAGCGGUAUUGGGGGUGCAUAUGGAUAUGCAAUGGGGCCUCCCUAUCAAUGGGAGGUUGGCAGAAGCAGCAGUGGAUAUGGUCCAGUGUUCCCUUAUGGAGGUGUAUACAGAAGCAACACCAACAUCAUAAAUGCUGCAAUGCAACCGCAGGAGAAUCCUGGAGGCAUGAAUAGUGGCCAGGGGAUGUCGCUGCCUGUAGCAACGGGUGGUGCUUCUGGGAUGGGAGUGUAUCAGAGGAAUCAUAUGGUGGCCGGUGUACCCAUGUUGGUACCCCCUCCUGGAAAUGCUAACACCAGCAGUGCCGAGUAUGGGUUUGGUGUGAAUCAAGGAAACGCCGCUGCUCGUUCUCAAGGAGGAGGCCAUGGGGGAUAUGGGGUGGUAAUGCCCCCAGGAAAUACCGGAAACGAGUUAUGGAUGCCUCCUGACAACGCUGGAGCUGAUGCUGGUAGAAGCGGUGGCAGCAACUAG